CCGCCACCAGGAACUUACGUCAUCCAAAUCCCGAAAGAUCAAGUCUACCGAGUCCCACCACCGGAAAACGCUAAACGCCACGAACGUCUCUCCCGCCGCAAGCCUAGCCGUAGCCCCUGCUGCUGCUGCCUCUGCUGGCUUCUCGCACUCCUCACCGCCUUAAUCUUCCUCGUUGGCGUCGCUGCCGCUGUGUUCUAUUUUGUGUUCCGCCCGGAGUCACCGGAUUAUUCAGUCGAGCGUUUGUCGAUUUCGGGGUUUAAUCUGACGUCAUCAAAAUGGGUCGCUCCGGAAUUUGACGUCACUGUGAGAGCGAAUAAUCCUAACGAUAAAAUUGGGAUUUAUUAUAGAAGAGGAAGUUCCGUUGAUGUUUACUAUGACAACGUUAAAUUGGCAACCGGAUCGUUGCCGAUUUUCUACCAAGGGACAAACAAUGUGACUCUGUUUGUGAUACCGUUAAAGGGGUCUGCCGUUGAGUUAACGAGCGGGGAUCGUACGGCGAUGAUUGAUGAGGUUGGCAAGGGACAGGUGCCGUUUAAGCUGGCUUUGAGGGCUCCGGUUAAGAUUAAGGUGGGCUCUGUUGAGACAUGGGAGAUUACUGUUAAAGUUGACUGUGAUUUAACGGUGGAUAAGCUAACGGCGAAUGCAGAGAUUGCAUCUAAAAAAUGUGCUUAUGGUGUGGAUUUGUGGUAGGGUAGAGUUAGUGAAAUUUGGGGGUUAUUUUUUUAAUUUUGGUUAAUUAAUUAUUUUUCGAGGAGUUUGUGAUUUUAUUAGUGGCAAACAUGUUAAAGAAAUGGAACCGCGAUUGCAGAAUUUAAAAUAUUUA